CUGAACAGGGUGUAUUCGGUAGUUGAUUGUUUUUCCUAAUGACAACAUGUAAAACAAUAACAACUUUCCUCAAAAACGUCAAUUUUUUUUUUACUGUUUGGUACUAACUUCCACCCACCCUAUUUUAAAAGCCAACACUGUUACAAAAACAAUUGUAUUUCUUCUUUUAUGUUUAUUUGAAAACGAAAGAGAGAAAAAUAACAACAACGCUGACAAAAAAGAAAAUACAGAAUUUCAGUAGAAUUUGUUCUGUCAUCAGAUUAAGAAUGUGUUGUUUGCGGACCGAGUAGUUAGUGUGUAACAACAAAAACAACAAAACAACGUUAGUAUUGCUUUAAUGAAAAGCUGAAUAGAAAAAAAAUUUGUAUACAAAGAAAGAAUAUUAUUUGCCAUUGCAGGUGAACUUAAAAAUAUUUUUUAUUAAUAAAUAAAAAAAUAAUAAAAAUGCUGUGACGAAUUUGAAACAAAAAAAAAAACUUUACAUUUUGAUACUAUUACACGAAAGGCAGCCCAGUAAAGUAAUAAAGAUUCACUUUAAAUGUAAAUUUUAAAAGAAAAAGUUCAAACUUAAAAACACUAAAAACUACAACAACUACAACUUUAAACAUUACAACUAACCGUCAUCUUUAACCUUUUCCUCUCCAAACAACCAGUGAGUGAAGUGUCCCAAUACAAACCAAUUAAAAUCAGCAAUUAAAUCAAGGUACAACACGAAUUGGACUAAAACGAACGCCACCGACGCCCAGAAGCUCAAACGCUGCGACGCCGUUUUAUGAAAAAUCUUUACAAAUGUCAUUAUUACGUCAGUUUUUUGGUACAUCAUCAAAUUCCUGGGUACGUGCCCUUAUUAUAUUCUGCUUAGCAUGGGCACUUCUAGUGUAUGUCUUUGUCACCAAACUCAAUACACCGAAUACAGUGGAACCUGAUGUCUCCUCGAGACGUAUCAAUCAAGCGCUUCAGAUGCUGGAGGCAUCGAAGCAACGUAAUGCGGAAUUACAACAAAUGAUUGAUACAUUGUUGAAUGACCAUGUGGACAAACAGUCAGCCCUCAAACUAAUACAAAAACUCGAGUACAAUAUACAAAAUCCCUUAGGUGGCGAAAACAGAAACGAAUCUCCCCUACCCUAUGGCAGUGCCUCAAAUGAGCCCACAAUCGAAUAUGAACUUUUGCGUCGGCGUAUACAAAAUAAUAUAGGCGAGAUAUGGAAUUAUUUCAGCAAUGAAUUGGGUAAAAUACGCAAACAGGUGACACGAGAACCGGGCACUGAUAUGACUGAAGAAAUCAAUCGUGUACUCAUAAUGGGUGCCGAACACAAACGUUCACUGUUGAGCGAUAUGGAGCGCUUAAGACAGCUAGAUGGUUAUGAGGCCUGGCGCCAUAAAGAGGCUAAAGAUUUAAGUGAUUUAGUACAAAGACGAAUACAACAUUUACAAAAUCCUCCAGAUUGUGCGAAGGCUCGUAAGCUGGUGUGUAAAUUGAAUAAGGGUUGCGGUUAUGGCUGUCAAUUACAUCAUGCCGUCUAUUGUUUCAUAGUGGCCUAUGCCACUGAGAGGACUUUGAUUUUAAAAUCAAGAGGUUGGCGUUAUCAUAAAGGGGGAUGGGAAGAGGUUUUUCAACCUGUUUCUGAUACCUGUUUUGAACUAGAUGGCGCACAUGCUAAUAAUUGGCCGGGACGACCAGAGACACAGGUAUUAGUUUUGCCAAUUAUUGAUUCCCUAAUGCCAAGACCACCGUAUUUACCUUUGGCCAUACCAGAAGAUUUGGCGCCUAGAUUAAAACGUUUACAUGGUGAUCCCAUAGUGUGGUGGGUGGGACAAUUUUUAAAGUAUUUAUUAAGACCGCAACAGGGCACUAAAGAAUUCUUAGAAUCGGGCAUGGCAAAAUUGGGCUGGAAGAAACCGAUUGUGGGAGUACAUGUUCGGCGCACAGACAAAGUCGGUACCGAGGCUGCUUUUCAUAGUAUAGAAGAAUAUAUGACACAUGUUGAAGAUUACUUUUUGACACAAGAAAUCAAUGGUACCAACGUACCAAGACGCAUAUUUUUAGCCUCCGAUGAUGCACGCGUCAUAGAGGAAGCACGCAAAAAAUAUCCACAUUACGAGAUCAUUGGUGAUGCUGAGGUGGCACGCAUGGCUGCUGUUUCGACACGCUAUACAGACACUGCCUUGAAUGGCAUUAUCUUGGACAUACAUUUACUAUCUUUAUCCGAUUAUUUAGUUUGUACCUUUAGCUCACAAGUCUGCCGUGUUGCAUAUGAAAUUAUGCAAACUUUGUAUCCAGAUGCUGCGCAUCGUUUUAAAUCGCUGGACGAUAUUUACUAUUAUGGCGGACAAAAUCCACACAAUCGCCUGGUGGUCAUACCACACAAGGCGCGCAAUCAUGAUGAAAUGCAUAUGCAGCCGGGUGAUUUGGUGGGGGUUGCUGGCAACCAUUGGGAUGGUUUUUCAAAGGGUAAAAACACCCGCACCAAUCAAGCGGGUCUUUUCCCCUCCUUUAAGGUGGUGGACAAAGUGGAAACGGCUAAAUUGCCUUCCUAUCCAAAUGUGUAGAAUGUAUAACUGCUAUUUUUUGUUCUAGGUUUCUUUUAAAACUAAUUUUAGCUUAAAAAUUUUUGAAAAUAUUUUUUUCAUAAUUUUUUUUCGGAUUGAAAUGAUAUUUUAAGAAAAAUUUUAAUUUUUUGAAAAUUUUUCUUGUAAAACUUGUAGUUUAAAAAAAAAACGUUAUAUAUUUAAAGCUGCUACUAAAAUGUUUCCUUUUCAUUUUUUUCAUACUGUACUGUAAAUUAGUUUUAUUAUUUUUAUAUAAAUAUUUAGUAAAUAUAAGUAUAGUUUUAAAAUAACUUUUAAAACCAUUUGUUUGUAUUAUUUUUUUAGCACAAAAACAAAAAAACAAAUUAUUGUAAAUACAUAAACAAACAAAUAAAAAAAUAAAAUAAAACUUAAAUGUCCAUAAUUAUAACAGCAAUCUCAAUAGGUUUAAAGUGCAAUAUAUAAAUAUAUUUUUAAUACGGCAAUACUGUAAGACUUUGUCCCCGACUUUUUGCAUUAACAAAUCACCAAAAUUGUAAAGUUUUAGCCACAACUCCAAACACCAUAUCUAAUCUAAACAAAAUUUACAUUCUUUAAAACAAAAUCAACAAACAAAAAUUUAUAGCACAAACUGUUUUAAUUUUGCAAAUUAUUUAUAAAAUGUAUUUAAGUUUGUAGUAACUGCAUUUCUG